AUGGAGCUCUUUACAAAGGCAAAGGUCCUGAAACUGAGGAGCCACCUUGGGAAAUACCUCGUGGCCGAAGAUGAUCAAGAAACGGUUCGUCAAAGCAGAAAUGGCUCGGGGAAAGCAGCUAGAUGGUUCGUCGAGCUUGUCCAAGAUAAACCAUUCGUUAUCCACCUCAAAAGCUGCCAUGGAAAGUACCUCUCAGCCUCUGAUAUACCCUCUCUUUUAGGCUCGACUGGUAAAAUGGUGCUGCAAACGGUGCCUGAUAAGACGGAUUGGAAACUCCAGUGGAAGCCUAUAAGAGAAGGAUUGAAAAUCAAGCUGAAGACCUGGUGCGGGAGAUUGUUACGUGCAAACGGGGGAAUGCCGCCAUGGCGGAACUCCGUCACUCAUGACGAACCUCCAAGUGGAGCUAUGAAGAAAUGGGUAUUAUGGGAUGUGGAGGUGGGAGAGUAUUCCGAGUAUUUGAGCUUUUUUUCAGUGUUUAUGGAGUAUUUGUCGUCAGUUUCGAGCUUUUCGUCGGUCUCUGAUGAAGUUUUGGAGGCUUCGAGCGAUGAUAGUUUACUAUCAAGCCCUCUGUUACCAGUUUCAGCCGUGUCAUAGUUGAAGUCCCCAAGGUUUACAGUGGUUCCAACAGGGU